AUGAGAGGUGAAGCUAGUGCUGCGCUGGAUUUUCAAACUUAUCCUUUACUGUUGUUCAGCUUCAGAAAUACUAUUAUAAAAUCAGAAUUUGAAGGUAUGGAAAUUAGUUCUGUAGUGUUUUGGGAGUACUGGGAUGAAAUGGAGUCGGAACCUUUUCAAAGCAGCGGCUCAGAAUAUAUCGUAAAUGAAAAAGUGUCAGAAUCUGAUGACACCGAACCAGAAGAAGAAAGUGCAGGGUCGGUGCCACCAAAGGGAAAACGAGUUAAAGCUAAUAAAACGAAUAAAAUUAAGGAUUAUUUCAUAAUCGAGCAGGAUCCUAAGAGUAAGAAAACUACUGACAAACAAGGCAAAUGUACCUUAUGUGUCGUAAAAAAUACAGUUUUAAAAAUGAAAAACUGUGGAACAUCUUCAAUAAGGAGGCAUUUGCAAGCUAAACACACUAGAGUCUACGAAAACAUUUUUGGUAGAUCCAGCCCACCUAAAUCCGAAGCAGAAGCCUCUGCCAGUUCGAAUAGGCGUAGCACAAUUACAAAUUGGCUUGAGAAGAUUGCUGACUGGUCUUCAACUAAUACACAUCUAUGA